AUGCGUUUUGGAUUAUAUAGUGGAUUCAAUCCUUCUACUAAUAAGAUCAAUGAAGAACAGGAGGAUUUUGAUGAAGAAAUUUAUGUUUCAAAUAAAAUAGUUGUUUGGAGUAGAGGCAAUGUAUUAUACAAGAGUUUUAAAUAUGAUGAGCCUGUAAUUCAAGCUUUAUUCGUUUGGUUUAAAGCAACGUUGUCUGUUUCUUGGGCAAUGAAUCUAGGAGUAUUAUUCCAGUGUCAACAUAAAGAUAUUGAUGAAAAUGAUGAUUAUUACCAUUAUCAUACUAGAGACUAUAUAAAUUAUUCAAAAUUUGCAAAGUUGCAUUUACCAACUUUAUACAGUCUACUAGAUCCUUUAGAAGAAAUAAAACCUGUUUCAAUAGUUGAUAAAAUUUAUUAUGAUGGUUCAAAUAUUAAAUUGUCAGGUCACAAAUUUCUAUUCACAUAUCCUGAUGAACAUAUAGUGUUUGUUAAUGAUCAAUGUGAAAAUGCUGAAGUGUACAUUGAGCUUGUAUGGACUGAAGAUAUUAUUGAUUUUAUUCUUGAUAACAGUGAGCCAUGCAUUGAGGAGAAUGAGAAUGAAGAAGAGCAUAAUAGCAAAGUAUUCAUUGCUCAUGAAUUUGAUGCUCUUAACUUGAUAUCUAAUAAUUUCUCCAGUGAUGGCAGCUGUUAUGAACUGGAAAUAACACCAAAUUUUGAGUUAAAUAAUGUAAUUGCUGCUGAACCUGUUUAUGCAACUAGAUCAUUGCUUUGUGAUGUUUUAUUAUUGAAAAAAAUUAACGAUGACAGUUACAUGCUUGAGCUAUGGAUUGGUUGUGGCGAAUAUGUUCUUUUGCAACUGGAUUAUCAUCUAAACACUACACUAAAACUCAACUCUAAUUCAUCAAAAAUUAAGAAUCUCAAUUCAACAUCAAUACUUAAUCACUCUGAAAUUAAUAAUUAUAUAAUUGACAUCCAAGACAAUGUUCUACAUCGUGUAAAUAUAGUUCUCAAUAAUCAUGUUUGUCUACGAGCAGACCUCAACUUUAUUCCCAACUCAUUACUAGUUCGUAAUUGUCUAGAGGCGCUUAGUUAUGCUCUACCCACAAAAAUAUUUUUUAUUUUCAAAGCUCGUUAUCUUACUUAUCAAUUCAGAAGAUUUGAUACUAAUUCAUCUUCACUAAAAGAAAAUAAUACUGAAUGGGAAAAUUUUAUAAAAGAAUUGGAUGGUUGGGAUUUUCUAUUGUCAACCACAGAUCAUAAAAAAUUCAAUUUCAACACCCAUUUCAAAUGUUUAAAACCACCACCAACCUCACCCUCUACUCCUCAAUUAAAAUCAACACAAGAAAAAGAUAUCGAAAUAGAUGAUUUAUUAUAUAAACUAUUUCAAAAAUCUAGAAAACUUCAUUUUUCCAACUCACAUCAACAGCAAAAAAUAGAACAACUAGAACAAUCAUUUCCAGAUUUUCUUCCCUACAUCCUGCUCUCACUACAUUUGAUUUAUCAAGAUAUGAGAUUAGAUGUUUUGUCGCAAAAAUUAAUCAAUGAUCUUGUACCUUUGUUAAUUCAAUUAGCAUUAUUUCUUGUGAUUAAAGAAACAAAAAUACAACCAACUCAUCUAUUCUAUACACCGCCUGACAUAAUCAAAUGGUUAAUGAAUUUAUUCCGUUCUAAAAAAUUCAAAUACUUUCCAAGCCCAAUUGAUAUUACAAAACUAUUAUCAUCAGCACUACUAGAUCUACAACAAAAUAAUGAUUGUGAUUAUGAUGAUGACGUUAAUAAUAUGGUACAUGAGGUAGACUGUUGUUUAAGAACUAGACAAAUUAUAAAGAUCUAUAAUAAGUUGAUUAAUGGUAGUAAUAAUGGUGGUGUGGAAUCAAUGAUAUUGAAAAUGGUUGAUAUUGGAUUUAAACACAAAGAUAUUGAAGCAUUGCCAUUUGGAGUUUCUGUUCCUUUACAUGAGGCUAUUAGAAAAUGUCGAGAACUGCCACCGAGCAAUUGGCCGGCUGAUGCCUACAUUCUAAUUGGUAGAGAAGAUUUAGCGGAAUUAGAACUUGGUAAACCGAUAGGUUACAUACAUUCAAGAGGCGUAAGAAGGGAACCAAAACCAAGGUACCAGGCAGAAAUAAUCGAUACAGUUCUUCAUCCAAGGCCAGGUGUUUCAUUGGACGAAGUUGACAGCACGGAAAUCUCAAAUCAUGAAAUCACUGAUUUAAGAUUUGGUAAAGAUAAGAGAUUGGAUGAAGUUCGUCGUCUUUUACAAAAUACUACUGUCGUCAAGGUUGAUUUGCCUGCUUCUGAACUAAGUUCCCCUAAUGAAGAACAAUCACCACAAAUUGUUGAGCGUGUGCAAGCACACUCAAUAAAAAAUUUUGCAUUACCAUUAGGUCGUGGAAUAAUGACAUACGACACAGCAACUCCAAUAUCAACUGAAAUUUUUCCAAUACCAAGCCUAAAUACAACCAUGAAAGUAUUACCAUACAACACUGUUGUACAAAUAGAUCGUGCAUUUCGUGUACAAGACUGUUUAGAAUGGCCAGAAUUUCAUGAGGGUGUAGCAUCUGCUUUAAGAAUAUCACCCACCUCCAAAGAUGUAACUGGCUCAUGGAUUGAGCUCAACAAACCAAAGGAACUUAACAACAGCCAUGCAGGAUUCCUUAUGGGGUUGGGAAUUAAUGGUCACUUGAAAUCAAUGGGAAUCUGGCAAGCUGUAGACUAUUUGAUGAAAUCACCAAAACAUGAUAUGACAAAUAUUGCAUUAGUCAUCGGAUUACCAGCAUCAUACUGCGGAACAAUGAAUUCUGAUAUCACAAGAAUGUUGGCUGUCCAUAUUACUUCAAUGUUACCACCAAAAUCUAAUUAUCUAAAUGUUUCACCAUUGAUUCAAACUGCUUCAUUAAUCGGAAUUGGGUUGUUGUAUAUGGGCACAUGUAAUCGAUACAAUACACAAAUCAUGUUAUCUGAAAUUGGUGUCAAGGCUUUAAAACGGUCAAAUAGUUCUGAAACAGAUUAUACAGAAGGCUAUUCACUAGCUGCAGGAUUUGCAUUAGGAUUUAUUGCUUUGGGUCAAGGUGAUGAUGCACAUGGAAUAGCUGAUCUUAAUCUUUCUAGAGAAUUAAGACUUUAUAUUACUGGUGGUGCUAGUAGUGGUGCUAAUGGUAAAGGAGGUAGUGGCGAGAAUAAUGGUGAUAAUUAUAUUGGUGGAGGUGCUCUAGCUACUGGUUUAGGUGGUAAACUAACUGCGACUUCAUCUUCUUCAACUUCAACAACAGAAGGUAGCAAUUUAGGAAGCACCAACAAUGUUAACAACAUUAAUGUGACAUCACCAAGUGCAACAAUAGCACUGGGUUUAUUAUACUUGAAAACAAAUAAAUUAAACAUAGCCAAUAAAAUUCCUAUUCCCGAAACAGAAUUCUACUUGGACUAUAUACGGCCUGAUUUUUUAUUGGUUAGAAUAUUAGCUAGAAAUUUAAUAAUGUGGGAUAAUAUUAGAUCUUCACAAAAUUGGGUUGAAAAUCAUGUUCCUAAAUAUAUGAAAGUUAGAUUAAAUAAUCGUAGUCAUUAUCAAAAUGAUGAUUUUGAUUUAAAUUUGGAACCGAUCAAAAGAGCUUAUUAUAAUAUAUUGGCUGGUGCUUGUUUUAGUAUGGCAUUGAAAUUUGCUGGUUCAACAGACCAGAAUGCAUUAAAAUGUCUUAUUCAUUAUCUUGACUAUUUCAUAGGUCUUAGCAAUUCAAGAGCAAUGACAUUUGAUCAAAAAAUUACAAAAUCCACCAUUAAAUCAUGUUUAAAUGUAUUGGCAACUUCAACAUCAAUAGUAGUAGCGGGUACUGGUAAUCUGGAUGUGCUAAGGAGAUUAAGAAAAUUGCAUCGACAAGAAGUAAAUCUUCCAGGAGCACAUAAUCUAAAUUCAUAUGGUACCUACACAGUAACAAGCAUGGCAUUGGGUUUUUUGUUUUUGGGCGGUGGACAUUAUACACUCUCAACAUCAAACAAAGCAAUUGCUGCAUUGGUUUGUUCGUUGUUUCCCAGGUAUCCAAUAGAACCAUAUGAUAACCGAGCCCAUUUGCAAGCUUUUAGACAUUUAUGGGUUUUGGCAGUUGAGCCUCGAUGUUUGGUUUUGAGAGACUUGGAAACAAGAGAGGCAUGCCAGGCACCAAUUAAAAUAAUAUUUGAAGAUUAUUAUAAUAGUAAAGAAGUGAAGUUAACAAAAGAAAAAAGCAGAGGAGCAGGAGAAAACAAUAUUAUUGUUAGCAAGGAGAAAGAGGUUAUUAGUAACAUUGUUGCAGACAUCAAGAUAAAAGAAUUUGUUGCACCAUGUUUAUUACCUGAAUCUAAAUUUAUCAAAACAAUUGAAAUCAAUAGUCCAAGAUAUUGGCCUAUUAAUUUAAACUUUGGUAAAGAUAUAGAUUUUGAUAAAAGAUUUUGGAGGAAUCCUACAAUUCAUUUAAAAAGGAAAACAGGGCAUUUAACUUAUCAAGAGGAUCCACAAGGAAUAUGGAAUUUAUUUACGCGAAUAAUUCCUGGAGGUAGUAGCAUGUAUAUUGGUAACAAGAAAAAACUUACCAUUGAGAAUAAAUAUGAUUUUAUAAAAAUAUUUUCAUCAGAUCCGCAAGUUUUAGCAUUUACACAAUACUUGUCAAUUUUGACAGAAUGUCUAUAUUUGGAUAAUCCAGAAGCAAUUCAGAUGUAUCUUGCACUAUAUCAGAUUCAACAAAACUUGGAACACUUGAAUGAAAGUAACUUAUGUAAUGCAGUUUUAAUUCUAGAGUAUUAUAAAAAUGCAAAAAAUAUUUCCUCGUCCAAAAAAAUCAAUACAAUUGACGAUGAUAUUAUUGCUAGUAAUAGAAUUGAUAGUAAUGGUGGUAAAGAUGAUUAUAAUGAGGAAGUGGGUGACGAUAAAAGGCUUAUUAAUAAAGAAUUUGAAGCAUCAUUAAAAUUAAAAUUAAAGCAAUUCUUUGAAAUUCCUUUCACAUUUUUUCUUUCGCCAUUACAACUAAUAAAAUGUUAUUUAACCAAUUCGGAAUUUCCCAGUAAUGAGGAACUUGGUGGUAAUGAAAAUAAAAAACAAUUACUACGUCAAUUAUCAUUAUGGCUCAAUUAUAAUGAAAUACCUGAUCAUUAUACCAUAUCCACAGUUAAAAAUUAU